AUGUGGUGUGCAACUUCCUAUGUCGAUCUUUUAAUCAUCGGUGCUGGCCCAGCAGGGCUCGCGGCGGCGUGUUGGGCAGCUCGGUACAAUCUGUCAAUACAAAUAAUUGACCAGAAAAGUGGUCGGACAAAGACUGGCCAUGCCGAUGGGCUACAAAGCCGGACACUAGAAAUCCUAGAAAGCUUUGGUAUUGUCGACCCAAUCUUGAAACAAGGGGCUCCAGAAGUCGACAUGUGCUAUUGGGCAAUGAACCCUAAGACAGGGAAUGUUGAACGCCGUGGGAUAGACGAAGCGGAAAUUGGGCGGAUGUCCAGAUUUGGGCAAACAUUGCUCAACCAGGGUUAUGUUGAACAGAAUUUCAUUGAUCACUUAUGUGCGACAAGUGAUAUCCGCGUUGAGUGGAAUAGAAGAGCUGAGUUCUUACAAUUGAUGGCAUCCGACGAAGAUAGAGAAGCAUUCCCAGUAGCCAAGUUGCUUUCUGUUAAGCAGAUUGGAACUGAUUCACCGAACCAGGCGAGUCACAUCUCCCCUGAUGCUUCGCAAAUGAUCCGUGCACGUUAUCUGAUCGCAUGUGAUGGUGCCCACAGCUGGACCAGACACAAGCUCAACGUUUCGACUGAUGGAAGUGAUAAGAGCACGGACUGGGGUGUCCUAGACAUUGUCCCUAUCACCGACUUUCCCGAUAUCCGCCAAGCCUGUUCAGUUCAAUCUGAGCCACAUGGAAGCAUUAUGACAGUACCACGAGAGAACAAACUGGUGCGUUUCUACAUUCAGCUCCAGAACGGGCUUAAAGAAGACAACUCGCCCUACUCCAGUGAUCCCCCAAGGGCUUUGGUUGAAAUGGCCUCGCGGACGAUGAGCCCGUAUAAACUGACGUACAAACAUUGUGAUUGGUGGUCAUACUAUUCGUCUGCACGUCGGGUUGCUCAAAACUUCAGACCACAUAAGCGCAUUUUCCUUGCCGGUGAUGCAGCCCAUACUCACUCCCCAAAAGGAGGGCAAGGCAUGAAUGUUUCGAUCCAGGACACAUACAACCUUGUCUGGAAACUGGGAGCAGUCCUCACUGAAGGCGCGGAUCCUGUUAUUUUAGAAACCUACGACUCUGAACGCCGUUCUGUUGCUAAGGAGUUGAUGGAUUUAGAUGCUUGUCUUGUGGAAGCAUAUGAGGACAGACAGAAUGGAGAAAGCACCGGAGUGUACGAGGUCCGCGAAAAGUAUGCUGGCUUCAUGGCAGGGGUGGAGGUGACUUACAGCCCGAGCGUCUUGGUUGCCGAUGGUCCUGCGUAUGGAAACCCGGCUCUGGCGCAAAAUAUCAAGCUGGGUAUGCGUCUACCUUCAUAUCCGGUCACUUACCAAUGCGAUGGCGUCUCUACUCAUUUGGCACAGAGACUUACUAGUGACGGAUCGUGGAAGCUCUUGGUAUUUGCAGCUGACCUAGGUCAACCGAAUAAAAUGGAGACACUGGCAAAUUUCGCAGAUUUCUUUACCAACAAGUCGCAUCUGGCACAUCUGCGAAAGAAAGAAGAUUUGAAGAGCUGCAAGCCUAUGAUCGAUGUUCUCCUGAUACACUCAAGUUCCCGGAACACAGUCAAGUUGUUGGACUCACCAUCAAUUUUCCAUCCAUUUGAUGAGGUCAUGGGUUGGGAUUACUGGAAACUCUUUGCCGAUGACAGUGGUCAAGCGUACUCAGGCUACGGUAUUGAUGGGCAAGGUGAUGGUUGCCUUAUUCUAUGUCGUCCGGAUCAACACGUCGCUUGGAUUGGCGGUAUGGAAGAUAUGACUGGUCUUGAUAACUAUUUUUCGUUCUUCUCGUAG